GAGACACCAUUCGUACUUGAUCAUUGCACCGGGCAACGUUGAUCGUUGACCGUUAUUUGGCAGUCUUGUUUAAUCUACCCAAGUUAAUCUAAAUUGUGACUAAAAUUGUUUUCGAUCAGUGAUAAAACGCCUAAAAUUAAAAUCGAUGGAUUUGAGUGGACAUUUGCGCAUGUCAUCGAUGGAACAAAGUAAGGAGAUCGCCAAAAAUUGGCUCCACGAACAGAUCAACGCCGAUAUCCUAUUUGCAUGCGCCAUUUGCCACAACGCGAUAAACGUGGACCACCCCAUCCAUUGUCCGCAGUGUUCCAAGCUGUUCUGCGCUACAUGCAUAGAGAAGUGGUUCAACACGGGAGGUCCGCGGCCGUCGGUUGUGUCCAGCGUUAAACGUUGCCCAUGCUGCCAGGCCAAGGUAGCGAUGAAUCAGUUCACCUACUGUCGCGUCUACCAGGAGGUACGUGAGUUAAUAGAGGGCCUCCAGAGUAACAUGGAACAGUUGAUUCAUCAGUUGAGCAAACCAAUCAAUUACUGCGACAAGCAUGACAAAGAACUCAUUUUGUUCUGCCAAGAGUGCCAUAAGUGUAUAUGCAUAAAGUGUACUCUAGUCGAUCGACACCGAGGACAUAUCGAUCAGGUCUUGGAAUUGGACGACGCUCGAGAGAAGCUGAAACUUGCGAUCCUCAGGGAAAACAACUUCUUGGUGAACAGAUUGGCAGCGUUGAACAGGGUGACUGCCAAACUGACGACGCGGGAAAACGAUCUGCAUCGAUCUUACGAAACAAUGGUGAACGAAUUGAAUAUCGCCGUUGAUGGCAUUAUCGAAACGAUCCAUGAAGAAAAGGAGGAAAAAAUACAAAGGCAAAUAGCGCCCGUGAAAGCCUCAACAAAGCGCCAACAGGAAGAAGUGGAAACGAUUAUACAACAAUCGUUUGAAUUGGCUAAUGAGGAGACCAGUCCCGAUGUAAUAGUCAAGACGUACCAGAUGAUACAAGCCAUCAAGAAAAUGCAUUACGAACCUUUUCCUGUUGAUCAACUUCCCAACGUCGAGUUUACAAACCCGAUUACGCCACCCCCGUUAGAAGUGCGCUUCUCCGUACCCUGCUUCUCGCAGCGAAUUCUCCGUUCCUGCACGGUGUUCUCCAUUCCGCAGAGCUUCGACGGUUUUAUGUUGCAGCUCAAAGGCUACCACGAUGCGGACGAGGACGCGAUCAAACUCUCGCUUCGCAUUCUCGAGGGCUACGAUGUGAACGAUAUAAAGGUGGUCUGUCAUCCGAUGCGAGAAGGAGAACCGCUGGUUCGGUGUAUGGACCUGAAGAAGGGCGAAGACAACACGGUGCUGGAGUUUGCCAGUUUUGCCGGGAUGGGUGGCUUCUUGGACACCCAGCUCGACGAGCUGGUCAUUGAGAUGAAGCUGAACCUGUGGCGCACGUACUAUGCCAAAUGUGCGCACAAGGACUGGUGCAUCAAGAAACUGAGCGGACUCAAGGAAGUGAUGGACGAUAUUCAAAAAAGCAGUUGAGAAGACUGUCUCAUAGGGAUCGCGCUGGACGUGACCAUUGGUUAGAUACGUUGAUCUUUAUUGUGACUUCAAAUUUUAUGAUUGUUCAAAUUACCUGUAAUAGAUCUAUCUUAGCCAUCAAUCAAUAUAAUAAAUGUUGUAGUACUGUAAA